UUAAUUUUAAUUCCGUAUCCAAAUCUGGUAUUCACAUAUAUAGACAAGGUUCAGACAAGGUUUUAUGUCUGUUUAAAAAAUUCCCGAAUAUAUAUUUGACUAACAUCUCUUCAAUCAAGUCACUGAUUGUUAUCAUCGUACAAACGUAAAUCAGGUAGUAUAGUAAGAUAACCAGUAAAAUCGAGAGUGUAGCAAUCCCAGUUUUCCGAAGAAAAGGUACGUAAAAAUGGCCAAGAUACAUUUUGUUUGCAUUAUGCUCGCAUUAUGCACCUGUAUACUUUCCAGUACAGCGGUGCCAAAUUUAAAGUUAGUUCAUGUUCUAUUCGCGCAUAAAUUGUACGCGCCAUGGGAAACCGACGUGGAAUUUAACGAGACCAGCAUCCCGGAAACUUUAUCAUAUGAAUCCUUUAUUUCAGCCGCAAUAAAUAUGCCGGUGGAUGCAGAACUCAAUAUGUACAACCUCGGAGUGUAUUUGCGUAAUGUCUACGAUAAAUUUUUGGGCGACACAUAUACGCCCGACAUUAUAAAGACACGUACGACGGAACAUACUUUGUCGAUCUUAUCGGCCCAACUUGUUAAUUCCGGGUUAUGGCCUCCUGCGGCAAAUCAAAUAUGGAUUGAAAGCCUCAAGUGGCUACCAAUACCAAAUGAAUAUCUAAGAAUGAAAGAGGACACACUGAUGCUGGGUUCUCUGUGUCCAAAUUUUAUUUCACAAAUGAACCAGAUAUUACAAACAACCGAAAUGCGGAAGCUACUAGCACAGUAUCAACCUUUGUUCGAUUAUCUUUCUAAAUAUACCGAAAGAAAUAUCAGCACUCCAUCGGAUGUAGCUCUCUUGUAUGCUACAUUAGAAACACUGGCGGAUCGAAAUAAUAUAUUGCCCCAUUGGGCAACUGACGUCUUUCCCGAUGGUACAAUGUACAACGUCACUUUGUUGGAGUACGAUCUACUUUCGAUAACUUCUCUGCAAAGACAGUUGAAUGGUGGAACUCUUUUAGGAGAGAUUAUUGGUAAUUCUAUAAAAUAUGCAAUAGGUGAUAUACCGAAGGAACGAAAAAUGAUGUUGUACAGCGGAGAUAUGAGAAACAUUGUCGGGAUUCUGAAGAAUCUUGAUCUAUGGUCGCCUCACAUUCCCAACGAGGCGACUGCAUUGAUAUUCGAAUUAUACUUUGAUAAUGAUACGAAUAUUUAUGGAAUAAAGAUUAAUUAUUAUGCAGGUAUUGACGACAUGAUGAUCGUUCUGUCGCUGUCGAACUGUACAGAUAUAUGUCCACUACAGACUUUAAUUAACGCCGCUAUCGAUCUAAUACCUCAAGACUCGCGAUCUUUAUGUGGCUGGUCUACUGAAAACUUAAUGAAAGAUCUAUCAGAAGACAAGGAUUUUAACUCGUCGAGUGAAUCUGUUUCGAAUCGAAACAAGACUUUAACUUUUAUUUUAAUAUUAUUUUCUGUAGCUGUUAAUAUUUUUAAAGUUACAUGAUAGCGCAUAUAAUAGUUUUUUUAAUGAUAAAACUCGAAU